GGGGACACCUGCCCUGGGGACCCCGCCUUGGGAACAGGGACUGGGGAACCCUGCCCCGGAGACACCUGCCCUGGGGAUACCUGCCUUACCGCUCCUCGCCUUACGGCCCCCUGCCCUGGGGACAGAGACUAGGGACCCCCACCCUGGGACAUCGCCCUGGGAACAGGGGACCCCGCCCUGGGCGGAGCCCGUGGGAGCCCCGGCCGUCAGGGUGGCGGUGGCCGCAGCCCGGCCCCGCAGCGCUGCUUCGCGGGUCUCCCUGGCGGCUGGGCGGUGGUUGGUGCCUUGUGACAGCCGGUGACGGAGGGCGAGGGAAGGUGAAGCUCCUUCUCGGCGCCUGUUUGCCUCGGCAGCUUAGUGGCCCCGCCCUGCGCGCUCGCCAUGGAGAAGUACCACGUCCUGGAGGUGAUCGGCGAAGGCUCCUUCGGGCGCGUGUACAAGGGGCGCCGGAAACAGAGCGCCCAGGUGGUAGCCUUGAAGUUCAUCCCCAAGGUGGGGCGGUCUGAGAAGGAGCUGAAGAACCUGCAACGGGAAAUUGAGAUCAUGAGAGGCCUUCAUCAUCCCAACAUCAUUCAGAUGCUCGACAGCUUUGAGACUGACAAGGAGGUGGUGGUGGUGACCGACUACGCAGAGGGGGAGCUCUUCCAGAUGCUGGAGGAUGAUGGAAGUUUGCCUGAGGACCAGGUGCAGACCAUAGCUGCCCAGCUGGUUUCUGCUCUGUAUUACCUGCACUCUCACCGCAUCCUGCACCGUGACAUGAAACCCCAGAACAUCCUGCUGGGCAAAGACGGCGUUGUCAAGCUCUGUGACUUCGGAUUUGCCCGUGCCAUGAGCAUCCACACCAUGGUGCUGACCUCCAUCAAGGGCACCCCGCUGUACAUGUCCCCUGAGCUGGUGGAGGAGCGGCCGUAUGACCACACGGCGGACCUGUGGUCUGUGGGCUGCAUCCUGUACGAGCUGUUCGUGGGCACCCCACCCUUCUACACCAGCAGCAUCUUCCAGCUCGUCAGCCUCAUCGUCAAAAACCCUGUCAAAUGGCCUGCGUCUAUAAGCCCAGUCUUCAAGAGCUUCCUACAGGGACUGCUAAUGAAGGACCCCCGCCAGCGCCUGUCAUGGCCCGAGCUGCUCUCUCACCCCUUCAUUGCUGGGCGGGUUACUGUGGUUGAUGACACAGAAGAGCAUGGGAUCUCAAACCCCUUCACCACCAAGCUGACCCCAGAGCUGCAGGCCCUGAAAGAACAGCAAGCCUAUUCCAUGGCCCCCAGGAGUGGCCAGUCCAGGAUCCUGAGAAAGGCCCGUCAGAAGAUGAUUGAGGAGGCACGGAAAAAGGGGCAACCGGAGGCAGGUGGUAUGUGCACAGAGGACUUUGGUGAUGGAUGUUCAGGGCUUAGACUCAGAGCAGCUCCGGGUAAGGCAGCCCUUGGGGACAGGGAGCCACCGGCUGCCUCCAAAGAGAAGAACCCUGGUGUCCUGCAAGGAAAGAACAGCAUGGCAGAGUGGGAGCUGGAGGAGCCUCCUCCCAACCCACGGGAGCACAGCAUCAUUCGAGACUUCAAGCGGGAGCUUCCUGGAGCAGGUACCUCUCUGCAGGUGAGUGCUGGCAGGGCAGAGCCUGUGGGCAGGUGCAGCACUGAGACUGUGGACCUGGAGAGUAAGGUAAGAUUGCACCUUGUGGUGAGGGCAGCAGGGCCAGUCCCUGGUACAGAGGCCCUGGGACCCAGAGGUUCUGUGGCACCAUUCUCUCUCCUCUGUGGCCAGGAGCUGGAGAGCAAUGAGGAGUGGCAACAUCUGAUCAAGGCCACUGAGCCCUCGGCCAUGCAGCUGAGCACAGCACUGAGCCUCCUGAGGGACCCGGCCUUCCGGCACCGUGUCCAGGCUUGCCUGGCAGACUCUGCUCAGCAGGUGCUGGAGGGGAUGCUGGAGGGAGCCUCCCUUUUCUGUCCUGUGCUCUGUGUUGUGGGCAAUCUCCUGGCAAGCCGGUGUGACUCAGAGCUGCUGGACCAUUUCUGCCGAGAGCUGAAUGUGCCUCUGUCUCUACUGUGUCUAGCCAAGCAGAUCCUGGAGAGUGGAAGCACCAAGCAGCCCUGGUGUAUCACAGUACUGACAGAUCUCCUUGUGGUGACCACAGUUUAUUUUAGCAGUGAGUGCAGCCUGGAGGAGAGUGGGCAAAAGGACAGCAUGCAGGUCUUCCGGGAGAGUGCUGGCUGCUUCCUGGCCCUGCUGCCAAAGCUGCUGGCUGAGCCAGCUGACAGUGAGAUGAGACUCUGCCAGCAAAGCCUUGUGUGCUUCACCCUGCUCUGUGAGAGCCUGGAUGCGACACACCCUUCUGUUUCUGCCCCGUUCUAUGCCAGUCUGCAAAAGGAGCAUCAGGCCCUACUGAAUAGACUCCUCCAGGGAUCCAUCUCAGAGCAACCUGCUCUGCGAGGUGCAGCAAUGGAGGACCAGUCAGCCCAUGCCCAGAGUCCAUGUGUGGCAGACCUCUUCAUGGCAGCAUUGGCUGCUGCCUGCACCAUCCCCCUGCAGAGGAACAGCUGUCGGGAAGCCAAGCAGCAGGUUGCUCGGGAGGUAGCUGAAAAGCUUAUGGAGGGAGAGAGCCAGCAGCUUGAGAGACUGUUGGGGAGACUGGAGCACCCAAGCUGCUCCUUGAACAUGCUGAAGAUCCUCUAUGCUGGCUGCCAUGCCAGCCUGAGCCUGUGCCAGCACCUGGGAAGGAGCCAACAACUGUGGGAUUCUCUCAUGCAGCUUUUGAAGGGCGAGGUCCCCAUGGCGGAGGUGGCCCAGGGGGCAGCCUGUGAGGCCUCUCUGUACCUGCUGGCCCUGCUCACCCUGCAGCUCCAGGCCUCCCCUCCCAGGCUUGAAGAAGUGGUUACCCUGACCAUAGGUCUCAUCACCCAGUCUCCUGUCAUCUCCAUUGUGGGCGCUGCAGUGUUCCUCCUGGCACAGCUCAGUCUGCAUGAGGUGGCCUUGAAACUUGAGGAAGAAGAGAUCCUACCAGCGGUGACAAAUGUGCUGACGGCGUCUGUUAAGCUGCAGCUCCCCCUGCCAAUGGGUGCUGGUCUCUACGAUGGGCUCUUUUUCCUCCUGCUGAAGCUCCUUGUCCAGGAUGAUGUGGCCAUGGAGCAGGACUUUGCCACCUCAGAGCCGUGGAGUGUGGUGUGGCAUCGUGUUGCUGCGGUGCUUUCUGUGGGCAGCCACAGGGCAUCACUGGAGGGAGACCCAGCAGAGGCAGAUCACCACAUGGCAGAGCCAGACUGGAACCUCCUCUCCCCUCAAGGCACCCUAGUCUUCCUUAGCCUGGCACUCUUGAUCUUCACUCGUGAGUUCCACCGCUGCCUGCCUCAGCUCACCCAGUCCCACGGUGUCCUCAUGGUCACACUGAAGAGGCUGCUGUCCCCUGACUUCCUGGCAUGCCUAGCACAGACGCAAGCAGGAGAGGAUGGGGACCCUGAGCUUGUCCCAGCUGUUGUGAUCCAUGCCUGCCAGCUCCUCUGUUUUCCUUUUGCUCUGGAUGUGGAUGAAGACACCUUAGCGUUGGUCACGGAGGCUGUGAGAGAUGCCCAGAUCCCUGCCCAGCUGCUGCAGGUCUGCUCUCGCCAUCUGCCCUUCUUGCAUGCUGAGCUCCCUGUGAGCCUCUUGUGUCACCUCAUUGUGUCUGACGAGCAGGUCAUAGACCAAAUCGUGAGGGCAGCUGCCACAUCAGAAGACAAUAUUGCCUUUCUGACGACUGCCUUGUUUUCAGACAGCGUCACGCUCUCAACUGACCUCCUGUCUCUCUUGACCCAUGUGGCCCGGGCCUCUCCAAAGCACCUGCCCUUUCUCCAGAGGAUCCUGAAGGGGUUGGAUGUGGCUGACCAGCCACUGACUCACCUGCUUGGCCACCAGCAAUACCUGAUACGGGCCAGAACCUGCAACCUGUUGGGCAACCUGCUCCGACAUGGCUUUCCGCAGGUGCUGCAGAGCCAGCCCAGCUUGCUGGAGAGCAUGCUGGGGUGCCUGGUGGACCAGGAGGAGAGUGUGCGCAAAGCAGCCAGCUUCGCAGUGGGCAAUGCCGCCUACCACGAGUCCUGCCCGGCUGGGACCCUGGGCAGGGCUGUGCCCAGGCUGAUGUGGCUGUUGAGUGACACGCAGACCAGGACGCGCUGCAACGCAGCCUCGGCCCUUGGAAACCUAGGCUGUCGCUGGGCAGAGCUGGGGAACCUGCUGAUGGAGAGCAGGGUCCCGCACGUCCUGCUGGAGGUGGCCUGCCGGGAUCCCCAGGACAGCGUGCGGGAGAGAGCGCUUGUGGCACUGCGGGCCCUCAGCCGGCACCCCGGGAUACAGGAGGCCCUGCUGUCCCUCAGAGCCACCGAGAAGCUGGCCGCGCUGGCCAACAGCGACUUGCAGCCCACUGCCCGGGGAAGCCCCCGGCUGCCUUCUGCGCGGCACUGUGAGAAACUCCUCCGCCUCCUCGCACCCCUGCACAGCGGCGCGGGAAGCGUCCCCGGCCCCCUAGACUCCGGGAAUUCCGCUGCCCCGCAGCCGCGCUGAGGGCAGCACCAGGACUGUUCUCGGGCUGCAGCCCGGCAGCUGUCAUGGUGACUUUGUCUUCUCGAGGGGUGCCCUGCUGGGCAGCUUUACCGGGGGCGCCUUCUCCGUGGGAAGCCGUGCCUGGAAAGGUGCCCGGGGCC